AUGUCAUUAUCACAAGGCAAAGUUCCUCAGGAAUGGAAGGAAGCAACCGUUGUUCCAGUUUUUAAGAAGGGCGAUGUCCAUGAUGUCUCUAACUCUCGACCCAUCUCUUUGCUUUCCAUUGUAUCCAAGCUUCUCGAGCGAGUCAUCCAUAUCCACGUGUCCGAGUUUGUUAAACCUUCGUUGAGUGAUUUUCAACAUGGAUUCCGCAAAAAACGACCAUGCUCCACUCAACUUCUCGGUGUUUUUCAUGACAUUGGCGAAGCUCCAGACAGCGGUAAAGAAGCUGGUAUGAAUUACUUGGAUUUGUCGAAAGCCUUCUAUUCUGUUUCCCAUCCAAAACUUCUACUUAAACUUCAACAGCACGGCAUUUCGGGCUUGUUAUUGAAUUGGUUUUCGGAUUACUUGAGCAAUAGACGUCAACGAGUAGUGGUCAACGCAGUCGCAUCUUCCUACCUUCAUGCCACCUCGGGAGUUUCACAAGGAAGUAUACUUGGUCCACUCCUGUUCUUGAUUUAUGCAAAUGAUCUUACCGAAGCAGCUAAUCACAGCGUUGUUCCCAUGUUUGCUGAUGACAGUAAAUGCUACAAAAAGAUUGAGAAAACACAAGACAGAAAUCUCCUACAAACUGAUCUCGAUUCCCUACACCAAUGGUCACUAACCUGGGAUCUCAGUUUUAAUUCUUCGAAGUGUGCUGCAAUGCGAUUUUCUGGCAAGACAAGUUCCGAACAACCUCAAGAAUACCACCUCAAUCAUCAACUUAUACCAUUUAAAAUAACUCAGAAAGACUUGGGAAUCCUUGUGAGCGAAAGUUUAAAAUGGUCUUCGUAUAUAAAUAACUUGAUAUCGAAAGCUAACAAGAUGCUCGGGUUUGUUCGGCGAAAUUGUUUCUACCUCGCGAACGUUAACUGCAGACGUCUUCUGUAUUUAACUCUUGUUAGAUCGCAGUUCUCUCAUGGCUCUGAAGUCUGGGCGCCCCAGGGUCCACCCUCUGAUCUGCUACGUCUUGAGAGUGUUCAACGUCGCGCCACGAAAGUUAUUCUGCAAGACUACGAGUCGUCUUACUCGGAUCGCUUAAAGAAAUUAUCCUAUCUCAUAUUGGCUGGAAAUAAAGGACAUUGUGUUCUAUUAUAAAUGCAAAGCGGGGCUGUAUGAUCUUGACAUUGAUAAGUACAUCGAAAGACCUUGUCAUCGGUCGACCCGUUCCAGUACUGGUGACUUUCUGUGUCCAAAUCUAUGUAGAACAACUCUUUUCAGGAACUCGUACUUCAAUAUAAUUGUGUAUCUAUGGAACAGCUUGCCUAGUGAUAUUAAAUCUUCUUCUUCCGCAUACGUCCUUAAAGCUAAACUAUAUGAAUAUUACUUUAAUAAACUGAUUACAGUAUUUGAUGCAGAUAGGUGUAGAACUUGGAAAACACGAUGCAGUAAUUGUAGAUCACUGCAAAUAAACUGCUGCUCGUAAUACCUAGAUGCUCGUAGCAUGAUCGAUGGGUUAAUCUGUUAUAUGCUUAAUAUGCUCAGUUUUCGUUACAACUCUUGAUACAUUUUUUUUCUUCAUAUAAAUUAGUCACAAACUGAGUUUCAAUAGAUUAACCAUUCGAGCAUUCUUCAAUCGAGAUUAAUUUUUACUGUUGUAAAUAGUUUUUUAUGUACGUCUGUAUUUGUGUUGUCUUGGUGGGACUUAAUUGGGAACUUCUUUUCCGUUGUCCUGACCUUCGAUCUUAUUGAUUGUUAAGUUAUUAAAAAAAAAUUGUGUCUACUGGUAGAUUGUGAUGUCUACUGGUAG